AUGCAGGUUCCGAUUGGAACAGUUGCUGCUGAAUAUAUUGGUUUUAUGGUUGCAUUUGCAGCAAAUAUAUUUCUGAUCUAUCUGAUAAUAACCCAAACUCAUCAUAAUAUUGGAUUGUACAAGAAUUUGAUGUUAUGGUUUGCUGUUUUUUCACUUUGGUAUUCUUUCAUUGAUAUUAUAACCCAACCAGCAAUUCAUUCUUACAAAAAUUGUUUUCUUGUAAUUUGUACCAGUUGGUUCAAGUAUGAUAAAUUACUGGGAUCUUUCAUAGUUCGUAAGUGAUUUCUUCAGAUCUUGUUUUUAAAUUAAUACAUAUUUUUAGCAUCAUAUUGUGCAUCUUAUGCUCUUACAGUAAUUCUUCUAGCAAUUCACUUUAUUUAUCGAUAUAUCGCAAUUAGUCGACCCUUUGAUAUCAGAUAUUUUAAUUAUCCUCUUGCCAUAAUUUGGCCAUCACUUUUUUUUGGAGUUGGUAUUUUUUGGUGGAUCAAUUGUUAUUUUUUACUUUAUCCUAACUCUAGAACUGAUGCGUAUGUAAAAGAAACAAUUUUGAAUAAUUAUCAUGAUGAUAUCGAAAAACUUUCAUACAUUGGUCCAGUAUACUACGUAAGUCUGUUUUGUCUCGUUUACUGAAAUGAAGUAAUUUCACACAGUUUAUCGACAAAAAUGGAAAAUAUGAAAUUCAAUGGCAAAAUUGUUUCGGAAUGAUAAAUGUAUUGGCUGUAUCAGUAACUACUUUUAUUGUUAUAAUAACUCUCGGUGUUUUGAUUUACAAGAAAAUGCACAGUGUUGAAAAUAUUAUUGCCGAAAAAACUAAAAGACUUCAACGCCAACUAUUCUAUUCCCUUUCGGUUCAAACAAUUGUUCCAAUUAUUUUUAUGUACACUCCGACUACAGUACUUUUUGUCGCACCAAUUUUUGGAAUUGACUUGGGAAGUAUGGCUAACAUAACAUCAAUUUGUCUUGCGCUAUAUCCAGCUUUGGAUCCAUUGGUGGUUAUGUUUUUCAUCAACGAUUAUCGUAAAUAUAUUUUAAGUAAGUCUGUCCAAAUCAUUUUUAGCAACUACAUUUUUGUUUAGGAAAAUUAUCAUUGUCUAUGAAUCCAUCUUCAGAUGUCGUCGUUCAUGUUGCAGGAUCAAUGAAUAUAAUCAUAUAA